CAGCUGCGCUGGCUUCGCCCACACCCUCGUGGCCGCCAUGGAGACCAUGAGCCUCCUUCCCAAGAUCAAAUGCUCCAGCUGCGGUGUGGAUAUUGACAUUGCCCAACUGGCUGAUCAUAUUUGCGAUGCCACAGCUCCUGCUUCCGAACCCUCUUUCUCCCCUACCUUGGACCGCGCUGCCACUUUCGCCGGCUCCCAGACUACUAACAAGCAUGAAGCUCCAGCGCGGUCUCGUAUGCCGCCGCCAGUCAAGAUAGAUCCAUAUGCUGCCAAUAAACCGUUUCGCAUGCCCGACUCCCCACUCUCUCCCUCACCUCUCUCCCCCGGUGGGCAAAAGUCUUUCCAGCGCAGUGCUACGAGUCCUUUACCUCAACUUACCGCGCCUUCUUCUCCUGGCUUCUCCGGGGGUAGAGGCAAUCCAUCUUCACAGUUUUCAGCCUCACACGACCACCUACCAAACAUUGCGAAACUACCAUCCACCACCUACUCUGGUUCCCAUCAUGGAGAAGAUCAUGUCCAGCCGCACUCACUCUAUGCACCACUCAGCCCGCGUACAGAUGGGGGAGAAAAUGUCCUGAAGCGAUUAAACACAAUUGCGCCUGGUCCCUUCGAUGGGAGAGGUUAUGAGCGCAGACCAAGCACUUCAAGUGGCCCGCAUUCGCCUUCAUCGACAUUCUCUCCCGCGGGUCAUAAAAGGACCGACACUCAAGGUAGCUCGCGGAGCUUUUUCAAUCAAAGGAUUUCUUUGGCAUCUACAGGCUCCGCCAUGUCCAGCAACAAUGGGGGUCUGUCACUGCGACCGAGGCCUGGGAUGGCAGGGACAAUGCCUCCCCCUCCCCCGCUGCCCCCAAUUCACCUCGAGGAAAAGACUGAAGGCAUCGACGCGUUUCUUGAGCGUUUACAAAAGGAGACUAUGGGUACCUCGAGGGCAAAUCAGGACAAUCGUUCAAAAAGCCCCAUGGGCCGCCACGAUCGAUCUAGAAGCCCUAUGCGUCCCGAAAGCCGACCGAGGAGUCCCAUGCGACAGGGUCUCACAGGCUCCCUGGAGCGGGAGUCGAGACCAGAAGGUCCGAGAGCCACUUCACGACGACCACCAGACAUUCGGACCUCAAACUCACCUCCGCGUUUAACCAGUGCGAAAUAUGCAGGAACUAACUCCAACGCAGCAAUGGCAAUGCCAUCUGACAAGGAACUGCCACCACUUCCUCCCAUGAAGGAUGUCCCCGUAGAUGCUGUAUACACUCCUUCUGAUUCAGGCCGCUCGGAAGACUCGUAUGCCAGCUCCGGGUUCAGAAGCGUGGCGAGCUCCCGAUCAAGCCCUCCUUCAUCAGAAUUUGGGCAUUCGCGGCAAGCAUCCAAAACCAGCCGUGUGGACAAUAUAGACGAACCCGUGCAACGCACGCUUAGUCCGGAUACUUUCGUGGACUCCAGGAUUGGCCCUACGCUAUUUCCAGAUAGUAGGAGAGUUCACGAUCAUCACAACAUGUCCCGAGGCCCGGAGCCUCUACUCAAACCACCGACUUUGCCGCAGAUGUCUGCAUCCCCUCAGAGUCCUAUAGAUCCUGCUAUUCAGAAAGGGCUGGCAUAUGGCCAACGCAAUGAGAAGAUACGGUCACCCCGCGAUCCUGCCCUCAGCUAUGGGCCCGACCCUCCCCGCAUCCCCAAGGCGCAAUCCCAGGCACUUAACAACCGCCAACCGUCCGGCGCGAGCAGAGGGAGGUGUCGCGGGUGUGGUGAGGCAAUCGUUGGAAAGUCGAUCAAGGAUUCUUCUGGGCGACUCACUGGUCGCUACCACAAGGAGUGUUUUGUGUGCCGGACAUGCCGGGACCCAUUCCCCACGGCCGAAUUCUAUGUAUUCGAGAACUCGCCCUACUGCCACCAGCAUUACCAUACACUCAACGGGUCGCUUUGUCGAACAUGCAACCGCGGCAUUGAGGGCCAGUAUCUUGAAACAGACCAGCGCCUAAAGUUCCACCCGCGAUGCUUCACGUGCUUCACAUGCCGCAUAGUUUUGCGGGACGAUUAUUACGAAUUGGGGAGACGCAAUUUCUGCGAAAGGCAUGCAUACGCUGCCAUGAAUCAAAUGAACCAGCGCAACAAUAUGCUCGGGGGACCGAACGGACAAAAUCGCAACUUGCAGAAGAGGAGGACCAGGAUGAUGAUGAUGCGUUGA